ACAAAAACUCUCUUCAUGUCGACUUUAAGCAGAUCUCGGGCGACCCUGUCGCCUGCCACCUCAGAGAGAUCAACUCUUCCCAUGGGCGCUACAGCCGAACAGGGAAGUCAAGAUUUUACACCUUUAGAGCCGACACGGGAGCAGCUACUUGCACAUUUCUUCGAGCGUUUUAAAUUCUACACUUCUCUUUGUCUUGGUACAUCAGCUAUACUCGCCGUAUUUGCGUUUCUCUUCUUAAUCCCAUUUGUGGUUGAGCCAGCGAUCCAAACAAUUCUUGCUGAGUUUGCACCAGAAGCCGGAAUAUGUAGUGUGUCAAACCACGUGUAUGCAGAAACAUUGACAAAUUGUACUUGGGCAUCGUGUAGAGAAGGUUGCACCACAACGCAUACAAAGUGCCACAAAAUUCGAGUCAACUUAGCUAGAAGACCUUUCUUGGGAAAUGAAACGUUACCAAUUGAGUGGGACGAAACUAAUUUAAAAUUCUUGAUCAAUCCAGAAGGAUGCGGUUAUCCUCCUAAAGUGAAUUGCUCAGUGUUCGCCAGUGAAUAUGCAGGGUCAAGGGCACCAAAGAUCUUCCCUUGCUUUUAUAGUAUGACACGACCUGAGCUUGUUGUGGCGAGGUAUUCCUGGGAAACAACAAUACGAGGAUUGAUAUUGGCCUUAGUUCUACCGACGACAGUAUUUGUGUUCAGUUUAAGUGUCCUCGCAUACUGGCAUUGCCACUGCUGUGACAGGGCCUGUAACCGGCGAGUGCACGCUGAAUCAUUUGCGAGCAAAGAAGAGAUAAACAAAUACCAGUUCAAGGAAGAACCUUCAUAGUUUCAGCUAUAGAUGUUUAGCAACUAUUUAUUAUUUGCAAUAGUAAGCUCCUCUGCGAAUUGGAUGACGAUCCCAGCGAUGACGUGUUCUGACGCCAAGCCACCACCUACCCCAGACGCCGGACCUCACCAAGGAACAACGGUUACACGCAAUUGUAGACCAAACGAUAUCAUUUUAAAUACAUUGUGCCUAAGGCCCGAAGGAACGAAUUUUUCGCACGUUGUGAUCCAUUUAAUUUAUGGUGACAGUUAUACAGGAUGACAUGUAUCGAUAAAUAUGGUUUCAAAUGGGGUUCUUAUUUCGUAAUAAUGAUCUCAUAUUAUAUCAAAUGAAUAAUUCGCUUUGUUUAUAUCAAAUAUAGCUUUACAUGGUUCGUGAUGUUUUUAUGUAACUACAUGGAAAUAUAUAAAAAGAGCAGAGAUUUCUCGAAGUUGUGGAUUUUAAUAUUCUUGAUCUCUCUCUUUGUAUCGGGAUUCAUCGAGUUGUAUUAAUAAUAGCAAUUACUUGGCCCGUGUUACUUAUUGAAUAUUUAUCUGCGCAUUGUAAGAUAUUAUUUGCUAUGUAUGCAGCGGCAGCCAAGAUUGAGCGAGGUUUAAGAAUUUUAUGUACCAAUUCGUCUCUUUCUAAAUUUGAGCUAAGUCGGAUAGUCUAAGUAAUGUUAAUAUUCGCUAAUGUUUUAUUGUUCAUAAAUAAGUAGAUAGAUAAAUUCAGGUUCAACGCAACAAAUUUAUAAUCAGGGCCAAUAAAUGAUGGAAUUUUAAAGGUAGGCAUGCACAUAGGUUCUUGAUUGCGAUUACAGAGAUUGUUCUGUCUGUAGUUAUUGGCACCGAUUAUAUUGCAUUUAUUUAAAUGUUUGAGUUUGUAAAUAUUAUUUGUGUGUCAGUAUUAGAUUUUUUAACGUUUCUUAUGUAUAGAAAUCUUCUACAAGGAUCAUGAAUAGUUUUGUCAAAUUAACUCUAUGAAUACUUUACCUAAUGGAAAAAUUAUCUCAUAGGUCGAACAUUAAUAAUAAAUUUUCUUUAGCAAAAUACACGAUAGUUGUUUCAGUACAGCUUUUUGUAAUAGACCAUAGAUUAAGCAUUUAAAAUUAAAAAAAUAUAUCUUAUGCUGUAUUUUCUGAUAAAAUUUUUAUACUGCUGUCGAAAAUCAAAUUAUUCUUCUUGAUAUCUAAAAAUUAAACGUUUAUUUGAAUAAUUAAACAAUAAAAAUUAUUUAUGAACGCUUUAAUAUUUUACAUUGUUUAACAAGUUUACAUAACAUAACUGCUACAAAGGAAAAGCACGUUCUAAGUUAAUUAUUAUGUGUGUCUUUAAUACUUCUAAUGAAGAUAAGAGAAGUUGUUACUGGCUGUUAAUAUUUUUGAUGGAAAUAAUUACGAUAUGUUUCUGCUUGUUUCGAGAUAUUAUGUAAAAAUCAAAGGUUUUAAUUAAGAAAAUAUUUAAAUAAUACUUCUGUAAUUUAUAGAUAUAAUGAAUAAUAAAUGCCUUAGCCAUAAAUUGUAUCUGCCAUGGUGUGAUAUUAAUGCUUAUAUGCAAAUUAUCAAUAUAAUAAAGUUUUAUUUAAAUAAAUCUCAAUCUAUUUAUUAGGUUUCUAAGGUGGUUAAUGAAUAAUGUCAUGUUUUGUCUAUAAUUAUGUAUAAAAGAUGCAUUGUUAAAUUUAGAAACAUGCGUGAAAAUUGUAAUAAUAGCGUAAUGAUUACAUUAAAACUGUUUAAAAAUGCA